AUGCAGGCAUCGGCCGCUCAGGAUCAAUCCAAGCCGACCAUAGAGAUGAGCUUAAGAGAACAUCUGCUCGCUGCCGGCGCUGGACAGCCCAGCGUGCAGCCUCUCCCACAGCAUUCUCCACACCCCCAACAUUCCCAGCACCCGCACUCUGCUGGCCCGCCACACGCCAUCGACCCAGCUAUUGGGGGCUCCGCCUACGACAUGAGCCAAGGCGGCCCUGACGAUGGGAACACGAGUGAAGGCCGCUCCAAGGGACGGCGAGAGUUGUCGACCUCGAAGCGCGCCGCCCAGAAUCGCGCUGCCCAGCGCGCAUUUCGCCAGCGUAAGGAAGAGUACAUCAAACAGCUUAAGGAUCAGGUCAAGGAGUUUGAGCAGCUAUGCGAACUCUACAAGACUCUUCAAACCGAGAACUACCAACUGCGCGACUAUAUCAUCAACCUGCAAUCGCGAUUGCUUGAGACUCAAGGCGAGAUACCACCUGCGCCGGCCGGUGUAGAUCUCAACCGACCACACGAGCAACCAAACAUGCACCAAGCACCGCAACCACCACAGCCGCCCCAACAACCCGAGCAACCACAGCAGCAGCAGCAGCAGCAGCAGCAAGCCUCCAGCAAUAACAACGGCGGGCUUUCGGAGCGCCAGAUUGGCGAGCUUCAGAUGGCGGCGCAAGCAGCAGCGGCAGCCCAACACGGCGCAUCUGGCAAUAAGCACGCCAGCUCUGAAGGUUCGUACGACUAUGCAGAGAAGCGCCAAAAGGUCGACGAGUCACCGCAAGGUCAGCACCCUGAGUCAUCGUCCUCCUUCUAUCCCAACCCAAACGCUUAUUGA